GGUGGAGACUAUACAGUAUAUCCUGCUUUACCACAACUUCUCUUGCAGAGGAGGAUCUCAUCAGACUCAGCCUCAGGAAAUGGUGAAGGAAGAACAGCACUCGUCUCUCUCUCUAUGAUGGUCUAAUGGCAGACCAAAGAAUGGACAUCUCCUCCACGAUGAAUGAGUUCAUGUCUCCCAGUUCCACUGAUCUGAUCUGCAGCUCCAUGGAUACGCCGGGCAUGGACUACACCCGCAAGAGGAAGGGCAGCAUCACUGACUAUCAAAUUGAUGGAUUUUCUUUUGAAUCUGAGGCUUCAUGGAUGAGAUUCCUCAUCCCAAGCUCACAGCUCACACAGUCCACUGAGAGUGAAUGGGACAGUAUGGACAUAGACAUGGACAAACAACUUGGAAGGGUCGAUCAGCAGAUGAAGAAUUCAAGGGAGGCUCACAGUCAGAUAGAGAAGAGACGCAGAGACAAGAUGAACAGCUUUAUUGAUGAGCUGGCUUCAUUAUUGCCUACCUGCAAUGCCAUGUCCCGCAAGCUGGACAAACUCACGGUGCUGCGCAUGGCGGUCCAGCAUAUGAAAACACUUCGAGUGUCAGAGUCUGUCUACAAAAUUUUAAAUUACAGUCAGAAUGACCUGAUUGGCCAGAGUUUGUUUGAUUAUUUGCAUCCUAAAGACAUUGCAAAAGUCAAAGAGCAGCUCUCGUCAUCUGACACAGCCCCACGCGAAAGACUCAUCGAUGCUAAAACUGGGCUACCAGUCAGGACAGACAUCGCCCCUUGUCCCUCCAGACUGUGCUCGGGGGCCCGCCGCUCCUUCUUCUGCAGAAUGAAGUGCAACAGGCCCCUUGUCAAAAUGGAGGACAAAGAUUUUCCCUCAACUUGCUCCAAAAAGAAAGCUGAUCGCAAGAGCUUCUGCACCAUCCACAGCACUGGCUAUCUAAAGAGCUGGCCGCCCACAAAGAUGGGCUUAGAUGAAGACAAUGAGCCUGAUAAUGAAGGCUGUAAUCUCAGCUGCUUAGUGGCCAUUGGCCGAUUACAUCCUCAGAUUGUGCCACAACCCAUGAACGGAGACAUCUGGGUGAAGCCCACAGAGUAUGUCUCGCGCCAUGCCAUUGAUGGGAAGUUUGUCUUUGUGGACCAAAGAGCCACGGCCAUUCUUGCUUAUCUACCUCAAGAGCUGCUGGGCACGUCAUUCUAUGAGUAUUUCCAUCAGGAUGACAUCGGACAUCUUGCUGAAUGCCACAGACAAGUGCUGCAGAUGAGAGAGAAGAUCAAUACUAACUGUUACAAGUUCAAGAUUAAAGAUGGCUCUGUUAUAACUUUAAGAAGUCGCUGGUUCAGUUUCAUGAACCCUUGGACCAAAGAAGUAGAAUACAUUGUUUCAACUAAUACAGUUGUCUCAGGCAGUUCUCUUGAUGGAGCAGAGCCUGGUUAUCCUCAGCUCACGGCCUCCCCCCAGAGUAUGGACAGCGUCCUUACAGCUGGUGACGGCUCUGGGAAAACUGUCCCUGGAAUCCCUGGAGGCACAAGACCCGGAGCAGGAAAGAUCGGCCGCAUGAUCGCUGAGGAAGUGAUGGAGAUACAAAGGAUAAGAGGCUCAUCUCCCUCUAGUUGUGGCUCAAGUCCCCUCAACAUCUCCAACAGCAAACCCCCUCCUGACACAUCCUCACCGGGGAGCAGGAAGAUUUCAAACGGUGGAAGUCCAGACAUACCUUCAGCAGGGAUGGUGUCGGGCCAGGACAGCAUAGGAUAUCCUUACUCUAACAGCUCGGUUUUAAGUGAUCAAUCACACAUCUGUAUCGGUGACAUCAUGGACGAGCCGGGCUCCAGCAACGAUGAGGCUGCCAUGGCCGUCAUCAUGAGCCUGCUUGAGGCGGACGCAGGUCUGGGAGGUCCCGUGGACUUCAGUGACCUGCCCUGGCCUCUGUGAGAGCCCUGAAGGAGACCUUCACCCAUUCCUAACGGGGUACGACAUCAAUCCAUCUCACUCGCGUUCAAAACCAGCCAUGACCCUGAUAGUUAACGCAUGCGGACAGUUUUUUUUUUUGUUGGUGACGUUACGUUUGUUUUUGACACGGUGCCUCAGGUAGCUCCACCCACAGCAAAAUCUCAUUGGUCCACAGCCUCAUUCUACAAUUGUGUCAAAUGAGUGAUUUUGUCAGUUUCAGUUUCAUUGAGGACAAAAGAUUCUAUAGCACCUGGUUGGGACACAAUGUUAGAUCGCUCAACAUCUUACAACACCCAUUAUUAGUGCUGGUACGGUGAAUAAGGGCAUUGUUUCAGUCUACGGAAUAUCAAACAACUAAAUACCAUAAAUCCUGUUGGUAUGCUUAUUAAAAAUCAAAUGUGUAUCAUAGAUAUGUGUAUUCUAACAUGUACAAGUAUUUUAUCUGAAUGCACAUGAUUGAAAUGAACCGAAAGGGCAGCAAUAUAUUUUUUAAAAUAAAAUAUAUAUAUAUUUCUUUCCCUUUACAUUGUUUUUUUUUUCGUACCCAUGAUUCACGUAGAAAUUGAAGUCUUUUAGUCCUUCCGACUGAAAAGGUUUGAAGGUGAGACCCACCUUGUCAUAUU